UAAAGUAAUCGAUAAAAUUUAGCACGAUAAAUAAGCGUGUUUGUUUAUAAUGAAAAUAAUAGUGUAUCUGUAAGCCUACAUUUUAAAAAAUUGUAAGUUACGAUUGGAUUCAAAACAAAAAUGUCCAGCAAAUCGGCGGCCAAGUCAAUACACUUUGCAGCUGAUUUACCUCAACUACAAAACCAUAUAAAAAGAGAUCCUAUUUCUUAUAAAGAAGAAUUUCUAAAACAAUGGCAAUAUUUUCACAAUUUGAUGCAGACAUUUCAACUACAGCCAGCCAAAUACAACGAGAAACUUGAUGAAAUGAUCACCUUCUUGUCUCACGUCAGCCAUUGCUACAAGGAAGAAGUGGUGGACAUGCCUGGUCAGUUUUGUGACAUCCUCAAGAACCACAGCACAGUCCUGGACAGAACCAUGAGGAUGACAUUAGUGAAGGCUCUUAUAAUGCUGCGCAACAAGGAACUGAUAACAGCCACAGAGGUCCUGCAGCUGUUCUUCAAACUGUUGCGCUGUGAGGACAAGCUGUUGCGCAAAACAAUUUACCAGUACGUGGUGGCGGACAUCAAGAACGUCAACUCCAAACACAAGAACGCCAAGCUGAACUCUGCGCUGCAGUCGUACAUGUUUUCCAUGCUGCAGGAGAACAGCGCUGUCACUGUCAAAACUGCGUUGGACAUCAUGAUCGAGCUGUACAGGAGAAAUGUUUGGAAGGAUGCUAAAACUGUCAACGUUAUUGCUACUGCAUGCUUUUCUAAGAUUACAAAAGUUAUGGUGGCUGCGAUGAAGUUUUUCUUAGGCAAAGACGAGCUGGAAGAGAAAGAAGAGAGUGACUCUGAUGAAGACAACUUGCCCAAGAAGUCAGUCAAGGAGCUAGCACUGGGCCACAGAGUGGGUAAAAAGACAAAGAAGAGAAAAAAGAAGCUGGACAGGGCCCUGCAGGCCAUAGAGAAACACAAGAAGAAGAAAAGUGUCCCAGAGGCUUUCAACUACUCCGCUAUGCACCUUAUCUUUGACCCCCAGGAGUUCAGCGAGAAACUGUUUCGCCAACUGGAGAAGACCACAGAGAGGUUUGAGGUCAAGCUGUUGAUGGUUGAUUUGAUUUCACGCCUCAUCGGCUUACACAAGCUGAUCCUGCUCAACUUCUACCCAUUCAUGAAGCGCUUUAUACAGCCCCAUCAGAGGGAGGUGACUCGUUUACUGCUGUACCUGGCUCAGGGCAGCCAUGAGUUAGUUCCCCCUGACACCAUGGAGGAGGUGCUGAUGACCAUCGCCAACAACUUCAUCGCUGAGCGCAACUCCAGCGAGGUCAUGGCUGUGGGGCUCAACGCAGUCCGUGAGAUCUGCCUGAGGUGUCCGCUGGCCAUGUCAGAAGAUUUGCUGCGAGACUUGGUCCAGUACAAGCUGCACAGAGACAAAGCUGUAAUGAUGGCAGCCAGGUCCUUAGUGCAGCUCUUUAGGAAAACAAACCCAGAGCUCCUACACAGGAAAGACAGGGGUCGACCAACAGAAGCACAGAAAGAGCUUCAAGUCAUGAAUUACGGAGCUCAGGACGCUAAGUCUUACGUACCUGGAGCUGAGAUCAUACCUGAGAGAGAAGAAAAACAAAUGGAGAUCAGCAAAGGUCAAGAAGAGUGGGAGUCCUGUAGUGAAGAGGAGGAUGGGAGUGAUGGGGAGUGGGUGGAUGUUUACCACUCUUCAGAUGAGGAGCAACAAAAGACAGAAGAGCAGGAGACGCCAGCUGAAGUAGAGGAGAAGACAAAACUAGCAGAAGAGAUCUCAGCCUCUAGAAUAAUGACAGACGAGGACUUUAAGCUGAUCCAGGCCAGGCAGGUGUCCAAAGAAAUCACGUCAGCGUCUGCUGCCAGGGCCAGGAAGAGGAAGAUACAAGAGACGUCUGGUGCUGACAACAACAGUGACUUGCCCAAGCUGGGGGAUAUAGAGAUGGUUCACAAGAGAAAGGCACACGACAGGGACUCUAGGCUGGCCACAGUCAUGGCUGGCAGGGAGGGGAGGGAAAAAUUUGCCCAUGGCCCCCAGAAAAUGAAUCCAUUUGCUAGCACCACCAACAAGGAGAAAACCAAGAAGAAAGCUUUCACCAUGGUCAAACACAAAAUUAGAAGGAGAAAAAUGAAACGCUCUUUCAAAGAUAAACAGAUUUCACUGCGUAACUCUUUGUUGAAGAGAAGCAAGAAUGCAAGGAAAUAAAUGUAUAUAUUGAGAAUAGCAAUGAAUAAAUUAUUCAA